GGGGAGGGGGGGGAGGGGGGGGGAGGGGGGUGACGAGGAGCGCGUAACUCUGGUUGCUUUUGAGUAUUUAACUGGGUAUCAAUCAGACCUCGAAGUUCUCCUGCUUCUUUCUCUCUCUCUCUGCCCCCCCAAUCCUUUUUCUCCUUGUUGGCCUAGGCAGCUCCCUCCCUCUCUCCCCACCCCCCCUUACUCCAGGGGCUGGAGUUCUUAUCAAAGAGAGCCCCCCCCUCUCCCCGUUUCCUCCUUGUCUUGUUGUGACAGCUUUGAUAUUGUUUAUUGAGGGUGGAUGUCAGGUAUAAUUAGCAAUCGAUAUGGAAAACGUUUGGCUCCCCCACCGCCCCGGCACGUCUCUGACGUCAGGACCGAUUAACGUUUCUUAUUGGUCCCAAAUUCCCCGGGCCUGAGCCUAAUUAUUGGGAGGCCUGAUGUUGAUAAAGUUAAAGCGCCCGGGCGCCCUGCAGCAUGCGCCCUUCGCUGCGCCACUGCUUCGCCAUCGUCGACGGCGCCGCCGCUGCCACCACCGCGCUCCUCCGGCGGCGGUGGCGGCAGCAGCAGCAGCUGCAGCCGUGCUGAGGGAGGCGCGCCCCCCCCACUCCUCCGCCCGCCGCCUCCCCCUCCAUGAUGGACAGCCGCAUCCUGGAGCAUCCCCAUGCCCAGUUCGGAAGCUUGGUGGGCUUCCCUUACCCGAUCGGACACCACCAUGUCUACGAGCUGGCCGGGCACCAGCUGCAAUCCGCCGCCGCCGCUGCCGCCGCCGCCGCCUCAGUGCCCUUCUCCAUCGACGGAUUACUCAACGGCUCCUGCGCCGCCUCGGUGGUCAACCCGACCCCGCUCAUCCCUUCCGUUUGCGGAGUCAACGGAGAGGGCCAGCCCUUCAAGCUCUCCGACUCGGUCGAUCCGGAUAAGGAGAGUCCAGGCUGUAAAAGACGACGGACCCGCACGAAUUUUACUGGCUGGCAGUUGGAAGAGUUGGAGAAGGCGUUUAACGAAAGUCACUAUCCCGACGUGUUUAUGCGAGAGGCGUUGGCCCUGAGGCUGGAUCUGGUGGAAUCCAGAGUGCAGGUCUGGUUCCAAAACCGGCGGGCCAAAUGGCGGAAGAAAGAGAACACCAAGAAAGGCCCCGGCCGGCCGGCGCACAACUCCCACCCGACGACGUGCAGCGGGGAGCCCAUGGACCCGGAGGAGAUCGCCCGCAAGGAGCUGGAGAAGAUGGAGAAGAAGAAGCGCAAGCACGAGAAGAAGCUGCUCAAGAGCCAGAGCCUCAACCUCCACUCGCCCAGCGGCCUCUCCGUCAACAGCAGCACCCAGAGCUCCGACAGCGACGGCGGCACCGGCGGCCUCUCUCCGGACCCGCCCGACGCCUUCAAGGCGGUCUCGGGCAGCUCCCACAUCCCGCCGCAGCCGGGUAGCUGCGACCCCGCCGCCUCCGCUUUCUACCCGAGCCGCGUCCUGGGCGGCUGCAGCACCCGGUGCGCUGAGAAGCAGGCGUCAUCGGGGUCCUCGGGCCCCGAGUGCGGGGUGCCUCCCCCGACGGCGCGAGGCGGCUCGGGAGCCUUCCCCAAGCUUAACCCCUUCAGCGUGGAGAGCCUCCUGUCGGACUCCCCGCCGCGGCGGAAAGCGGCGCUGGAAUUCCCUUCGGCUUUGGCGCCCUGCGCCCCAACCGCCCGCACUCUCAUCGGCAAAGGGCACUUUUUGCUCUACCCCAUCACGCAGCCGCUGGGCUUCAUCGUGCCCCAAGCCGCCCUCAAAAGCAACCCGGGCCAAGAGCCGCCGCAGAGGGGCUCCCCUCUGCCUGCCGCCAACCCCAGCCCGGACCCAGCUCCCCCCAAAAGCAGCAGCACCGCCGCCAUCUCCACGCCGGGCGGGCGUUUUCCCGGCUGCGGCGCGCCGGAGAGUAGCUCCGGGCCUGGGGGCGUCUCGGGCCAGAGGAAGGCCGUUGCUUCCCCUCCCGCCACCUCCUCCUCUGCCUCCCCCUCCUCUGCCUCCCCCUCUGCCUAUUGCGACUCCUCUUCCCAAGUGGACAGCAGCACCGUGGCGCAACCAAAGUCCCCUGCGAAAGACGCUUGUCAAUCCAGAGACAAUCCGGAUUGUCGCACAGAGCCGAACUGUCCAGCAGAGACCAGCAAUGUAGACUGUGAGGAAGUGGAUAUGGACUAAACAAAUAACGGGGCUGGGGGGGGGAGAAGAAACGAUUAUAUACUAGAUUUCGCGCAGGGCUGGGGGGCUUGUGAGCUACCCAAGGAAUCCACCUAAACUUCUGACAUUCCCAAAGUUUUCCCAAGCCAGAGGCCCCCACCCUCCAUUCUGUUUAUUACACACAUAUAUAUUUUUAAAAAGUUUUCUCCUCCCUCCCCCACUUUUCCUUUAUCUUCCUCUCUCCAUUCCCCUCUCUGUUCCGAGUCUAUAACUUAGUUCCAUUUUUUAAAAAAAAUCAGGUGAUCAAUUUCUUUAAUAUACAUAUCUAUAUAUAUACACGUCUAUCUAAUUUUUUCCCCUUUUCCUUUCAAAAAGAUGGAAGGGAUGGCAAUUAGAAGAAGCUGGACUUGAUGAUGUGAACACAAACUGUAAAAAAAAAAAAGACACAACAGCGACUCCUCAAACCUUGUAAAAUGCAAAAAUGUUUAAAGAU